AUGUCGAUGGAGGAUCAGGUAAACCGACUUCAGGAACAGGUUCAGUCCAUGACUGAGUUGGUAGGACAACUACUGCAGGAACGAGCUGCACCGGUGUCCCUCCCAGGUUCACCACCCCGAUCACUGGUUCCGAUCGCCCUACCAAACCGGUAUGAGGGAGAUCCCGAUGCCUGUCAGGCCUUCCUGAUGCAGUGUGGACUAUAUGUCACUCACCACCCUGCUCAAUUUCGCUCUGAGGAGGAUAAGGUCCACUUCGUGGUCUCCCUCCUGGGGGGUCAAGCUGUGACAUGGGCAACGGCAUUAUGGGCAGAACGUAGCCCCUUGCUUCGCUCGUCCCGGGAUUUCCAAGACGCCUUUCGGGCGGUCUUUGUUCACCCCGCCGUCGGUCGAAGCCUAGGUGACCGGCUUCUCGAUCUGCGCCAGGGGAAUUGCACCGCGGCAGAUUUCUCCCUAGAGUUUCGCACCCUGGCUGCCAGGUUACAGUGGCCUGCUGACUGCCUCCAGGUCAUAUACCGGCGUGCUCUCCGACCGGAAUUGGCCUGCAGAGGAGCUGCAUGUUUCUUUGAUGAAUACGUGAAACUCUCCAUCUCUCUGGACACCAUCAUCUGGGAACAACGACGAUCAAGUCCUCAUGCAGAACGAUCCCUGGCCGCUCCCCCAGCUCGAUCGGACGAGUCAGAACCCAUGAUUGUGGGACGUGCACCGCUGAUGACGGAGGAGAGAGAACGCCGACUGCGAAGGGGUCUCUGCAUCUACUGCGAGAGCCCUCUUCCGGAGGACCUUUCCGUUAUUCCCGAAGAAUAUCGUCGCUUUUCUAAGGUGUUCAGCAAGAAGGAAGCGUAUGGUCUUCCUCCGCACCGCUCUUCAGACUGUGCCAUCGACCUCCUUGAUGGAGCUACUCUCCCUCAAGGUCGAUUAUACUCCUUAUCUCGAGCGGAGGAGGCUAUGCGGACCUACAUCUCGGAAUCGUUGGAACAAGGUAUCAUCCGUCCAUCUACCUCUCCCGUAGCAGCCGGAUUCUUCUUUGUGGGUAAGAAAGACGGUGGCCUUCGCCCUUGUAUUGAUUAUAGAGCUCUAAACGCUAUUACCAAAAAAAGACGCGAACCGCUACCACUUAUCCCCUCCACCCUAGAACAGCUCCGUAGGGCGUGGAUUUUUACUAAGCUUGAUCUGCACAGUGCUUAUAAUCUCAUCCGGAUCUGUGAGGGAGACGAAUGGAAGACGUCGUUCCUUACCAGUACCGGACAAUACGAAUAUCUCGUUAUGCCGUACGGUUUGGCAAAUAGUCCAUCUAUCUUUCAGGCUUUUAUCAACGACAUUUUCCAAGAUGUACUACAUCGGUUCGUGAUCACUUACAUCGAUGACAUUCUCAUCUAUUCGGACAACGAAGCCCAGCACGUUACACAUGUCCAGCAAGUUCUCCAAAGAUUGGCUGACCAUCAUCUCUACGUAAAGGGAGAGAAAUGCGAGUUCCAUCGCUCCACGAUCAAAUUCCUCGGCUACCUCAUACGACCAGGGGAGGUUGCCAUGGACCCGAGUAAGAUACAAGGUAUCCGCGAAUGGCCACAACCCAAAACAAUCAAAGAACUUGAAAGGUUCCUAGGGUUCGCGAAUUUCUACCGUCGCUUUAUCCGAGGGUUUAGUGCGGUGGCAGCUCCCCUAACUAAUCUACUAAGAGGAGGAACGAAGAGACUCGCGUGGUCAGAAGAUGCUACGCAGGCAUUCACCGCACUAAAGGAGAGAUUCUGCACUGCUCCGGUUCUUCAGCAACCCGACCCCAACGAACCCUUCAUCGUGGAGGUGGAUGCAUCAGAGGUGGGAAUCGGAGCCGUGCUCUCCCAAAGAGAUCCCCGAUCAGGUAAGUUCCACCCUUGUGCCUUCCUCUCAAAAAAUCUCAGCCCAGCCGAGUCCAAUUACGACGUGGGAAACCGCGAAUUGCUUGCCAUCAAACGAGCCCUCGAGGAAUGGCGACAUUGGCUCGAGGGGGCGAAACAUCCUUUCAAGGUUCUCACUGAUCAUCGUAACCUGCAAUACCUGCAAUCGGCGAGACGACUUAAUCCUCGCCAAGCCAGGUGGGCACUUUUCUCUACCCGGUUUAAUUUCAAAUCUUCUUCCUCAGAUGUGCCUGCCGUCGAUCAGUGGUACCGACGUAGUGAACGGGUGUGGCACCAGGCCCAUCGACAGCUGUCCCGACGGGCGGAGCAGACCAAAAAGCGAGCCGACCGACAACGCCGAACAGCUCCGAUCUAUAAGCCGGGAUACCGUGUUUGGCAUUCUACACAACACCUCUGGUUACCUCGGGUUCGUAAGUUGGGUCCUAAGUACAUCGGUCCCUUUUGUGUGAUCAUGCUCGUGGGACCCAUUACUUACCGCCUGCAGCUGCCCAGGUUGUACCGCAUCCACCCGGUGUUUCACGUGUCUCUCCUGAAACCCGUUCGCUACAGUCUGGCUCACGCCCCCUCCGAUGCUCAAGAUCCACCGCCACAGAUCCCUUUGACCGACGGCGACGCGUACGCGGUACACUCCCUCUUAGAUUCCCGUCGCCGAGGACGGGGUCUGCAGUAUCUCGUGGACUGGGUGGGAUACGGUCCCGAGGAGAGGUGCUGGGCCCCCGCUUCCGACAUUCUGGACCCCUCGUUGAUCGCUCAGUUCCAUGCUGGCCACCCUUCUCGGCCGAGACCCUGA